AUGCGUUUCGCCAGCAAUCUCGUUUCCCUCUUUGCAUCCUCUCACAUUUUCCGUUUCUCACGUGCAUUUCCCGUGUUCAAUGCGACCCCCUACAGCCACAUCAUCAUGCGCACCCACGAGACCCGCACGGAGGGCGUGCUCGACUGCACAGGCGCGCUCACCGUCCUCGCUACAAAGCUCUCCGCUGUCGCGUAUAACUACCAGGACGGGCUCACGCUGCUGGAGGAGAAGGACGAAGGCGCGCAAGCCAAGGACGAGAAGGAGAGGAAGGAAUUGACGGAGGAGCAGAGACGGCGGGAGGAGCGGACGGAGCGUUCGCGAUUGGAGAGGCGAAAGGCGGCGCUGGUUACCAUGCCGUCGGUGGUGCAGCUGAUGGGGUACCUGUUCUGCGUCGGGCUGCACAUCACGGGCCCGUUCUUUGAGUUCACGGCAUCUGGUCCCCGGGUCUCAAGCACCCCUCCGUCCUCCCGCCAUUCUUCCGCGCAUUCAUCCAUCGCCCCACUCUUCUGUCUGUUCUCAUCUAUCCUUCCCCUGCAGAUCUGGUCCCCGGGUCUCAAGCAGCCAUCGGUCCUCCCGCCGUUCCUCCGCGCAUUCACCCAGGGCGCCCUCGCAGCGCUCGUCUUCCUCCUCAUCUCCCCCUCGCUCGGCCCCUCUCGCAUCAGCGACCGCCACAAAAACCGCAUCUGGUCCCCGCGUCUCAAGCAGCCGCCCGUCCUCCCGCCGUUCCUCCGCGCAUUCACCCAGGGCGCCCUCGCAGCGCUCGUCUUCCUCCUCGUCUCCCCCUCGCUCGACCUCUCUUGCAUCAGCGACCGCCACAAGAACCGCGCCUACCCCGUCCACCUGCGCUGGCUCCUCGCGCACCACGCCAGCAUCGUGUGGCGCUCCCGCGCGUACAUCCUCUGGAGCAUUACCGAGGCUGCCAUGGUCGUCGCCGGGCUGGGCUUCAGCGGCUGGGAGACCGCCAAGAGGGAGGCGGGGGUUGGCACUGGCAGACUCACAGAGCCCCCGCCCUUCCCCGCCAAGAGGGAGGCUGGCGUUGUUGCUGGGAAGGGCGGGGGCGUGAAGGGGAAGUUCGGGAACGGGGGGGAAUCCGAGUGGGCGGAGGGGAAUGGGGAGGGCGGUGGGUAUGGUGAUACAGGGAAGCAGGAGGGGGAUAAAACGUGUGCGGCGCCUGCAGGGAAGGGGAAGGCGCUGUGGAGCCGGGCGCGCAACGUGGACAUACUGGGGGUUGAGUUCCCCAAGAGCUGCCUUGACUUCGCCACCAAAUGGAACAUCUCCUACGGUCUCUGGCUCAGGCUUUACGUGUACGAGCGCAUGGUGCCGCCCGGAAGGAAAUUUUUGAGGCGUCUAAGAAAUCCUCCCUGCCAUCCGUCCACCCCUGCUCACCGACUCCCCAUGCAGACGUGUACGAGCGCAUGGUGCCGCCCAGCAGGAAGCCCACCUUCGUUCGUCCACAUGCUCGCCACCAUGCUUCAUUCUCACCACCCCCCACCCGCCCUGCCUUCAUACUCCAUGCCUCAUUCUCACCCCCUGGCCACCCGCACCCUGCUCACCCGCACCUUGCGCAGACGUGUACGAGCGCAUGGUGCCACCCGGCAGGAAGCCAUCCUUUUUCCACAUGCUCGCCACCAUGCUCGUCAGCGCCGUCUCCCAUGUGCGCCCUCCCUUUCCCCGAUUCAUUCCACGCGGUAA